CAACACUACAACAGCAUCAACAUGGCAGCUCUUCUCUCAAUAUUCGUCGCCAUCUUUGCCGUCUUCUAUCAACAAUGCUCUGCUCAAAUACCAAAUGGUUUAGGAGGAUUGUUCGGCGGUAACAACAUGAUAAGUGGUAACAACAUGAUGGGUGGUAACAACAUGAUGGGUCAACAACAACGAAAAGGUUAUAGAACUUGUAUUGGUCAGACAGCAGCAGGUGAUGAAAUGAGAGUUACCUUUACUCAAUCUCAGGGUCGUAGUAGUAACUGGUGGGAUACCAAUGAUUUGGAAAUAGAUGCUACCGUGAAGUCUGCUUCAAUCUCUGGACGAUUCAGAUUGGUAACAACACAAUUUGGUCGAAUUGAUGGUAUGUGUGAAAGCGAAAAUUUAGGUACCAUCAUCCGAGGUCAACAACAAAGACAACCUUUCAGUGCUUUCAAUUUCGGAUGGUACAACCAAGCCCCAAUGACCAGCAAUAUUGGCGAAGUUGGAACAGCUUUUGAUUUGACUCCAGGACAAUCUGUCAAGAUCCAAGACAACAUCAACUCGGAGCUUAAUUUCGAUAUGAUUUCCGGUGGAGGCAUGGCCUUAUGUCCUGUUUCACAAAUUCUGAACAACAAAUGUCUGGAUAUGAUCUCUCUUUGUUGCGCAAUAGCAAAGGACAGACAAUCAGCAACUAAUAUCCCAAUGGGCGCUGGGAUGAGAGGAAUGAACGGUAUGUCAGGAAUGACCGGUAUGCCAGGAAUGAACGGUAUGCCAGGAAUGAACAGCAUGUCAGGAAUGAACGGUAUGUCUGGACAAAUGAAUGGUAUGGCUGGUCAAAUGGGACAGAUGCCCGGUCAAAUUGGAGGGCCCAACACUGGAGCCUUUACUGGACGAAAAUAAGCUGAAAGAUUAAUCUCUAUGAUUGUGUAAUGUAUUAAAUGUAUUUUUGUGAUGGUAAUUUUGAAUUAAAAAAUUGAAUGAUGU